AUGGCCUCCCACCUCAGCAACAUCUACGGCUCCGAGCAGGACAAGGUCAACUGCUCCUUCUACCUCAAGAUCGGCGCCUGCAGACACGGCGAGCGCUGCUCCCGAAAGCACAUCAAGCCCACCUUCUCCCAGACCCUCGUCAUCGCCAACAUGUACCAGAACCCGGCACACGACCCGAACUGCAAGCUCUCCGAGGCCGAGCUCACCGCCUACUUCGAGACCUUCUACGAGGACGUGUUCUGCGAGCUCGUCCGCUACGGGAACCUGCUCGAGAUGCACGUCUGCGACAACGUCGGCGACCAUCUCAUCGGAAACGUCUAUGCCCGCUACGACUGGGAGGACGAGGCGCAGAUCGCAGUCGACGCCUUCAACCAGCGCUGGUAUGCCGGACGCCCGCUCUUCGCCGAGCUCUCCCCGGUAACCGACUUCCGAGAAGCGUGCUGCCGGCAGAACGACAUGGGCGAAUGCAACCGGGGCGGGUUCUGCAACUUCAUGCAUCUGAAAGAGCCCCGCUCGUCGCUCGUCCGCGAGCUGCAUGCCCAGCAGCGCGUCGAGCGCAAGCUCCACCCCUCCGCCAGGGACCAGGAACGCGCACGCGAGAUCGCCGACUUCGCACGCCCCGCCCCGCCCCGCUCCCCCAGCCCCCGCCACCAUCGCAGACCGGGCUCAGACGACCACUCCCCCCCCAGAAGACACCCCGCCGAGGAGCUCGACAGCUCCCCCGCCAAGCGCACCAGGCGCCCCGACGACCCCGACAGGUCCUUCUGA